CGCUUCUCUAGGUUUUAAAAUCGGCAAUAGGAGUGACUUAUCUUGUAAAGAUUCCACUAACAAUCUGUGCACGAAGGUAUCGAAGGUGUGUCUUGAGCGAGUGGCCUCUCAGAUCUCAGAGCUCAUUAGACUCUUGAAAAUGAUUCAACUCUCGGAUCUGCCGGUUGAGAUUUUGCAAGACAACCUCUUCCCAUUCCUAUCAGCAAAAUCGUUGACCCGAUUGACUUGUACCAGCAAAUACUUCGCGCGUCUGUGCUGCGACGAUGCUGUUUGGAAGCGGAAACUCCUUGCAGACUUUAACUUUUCGGGGGAGGGAACCGCCCGAACUAGUGGCUGGAAGACCAUCUACCGUGGAUUAUACAACCCCAAAGUCUUUGUCUGGGGUGAAGCCGCCAACGGCCGCCUUGGCACCGCAGAGUUACCGAGGGCCAGCACAAACGGAGUUCCCUUCCCAUUCGAGCUCAAGAUACCUAAUGUCCGCAUCGUGAGCAUUGUCGCGGGCGGGAUGUCGUUCCAUGCUCUUGACUCUAAUGGGAAUGUUUUUGUGUGGGGGACACUAAAUGCGACCAGUGGUGGCUAUCUUCCGAGCGACGGGUUUUCAGAAGCAGGGAAACGAGCCGGCACCCCCCUCAAACUUCGUCUGCCUAGCGGUGCCCGUAGCGUAAGUUGUGGAAGGUUGCACUCGUGCAUCCUGGACAACCGAAACAGAAUCUGGACAUUCGUCAACUGGGGCCGACCUUUCCGCUUUAUCUCACAUGCUCUCGACAACCCGCUUUCUCCGCCUGUCCAAGUCGAAUGUGGAUGGUCAUUUUCUGCCUUGCUCAACACAGCCGGGGAAGUCUUCGUUUGGUGGCCCUUCUCGGGAUCUUUACAAGCGAUUGUCACCCAGAAGAAUGGCGAACUUGACGCUCAAGGCGAAGGCGCGAAAGCAAAAGCGACUACUGACGGGGUGAUAGCAUGCAUUCCAUGGAGUGUGAGCUAUGAGCCGAAACGCCUCCCUGGGCUUCCACCGCUGCCUGAUCUUCCCUUGACGGGCGUUGAUAUCCCAAACACCCUACAACUGAUACAGAUUGCUGGUAUGGACGGACAUCUCAUUGGGCUUACGAACGCAGGUCAUGUUCUUAAAUUCGGCACCCUUGAAGAUGAGAACUCUGUCACCACGGGGAGAUGGGAAUAUCUUCCCAAGUUCAGCGACCUCAAUUUCAUUCGUCAGAACAAAUGUUUCUCCGGCGAUGAACGUAAGAUAGACCCGCCCCAAACUCUUCAGAUUACACACAUUACGGCGAACUUCCAGCACUUCGUGGCCUAUUCGACUGGCUCAAGCUCCAUCGUUCUCAUAGGCAACACGCAGACGACCCCAGAUUCAGAUCCUGAAAUCAAGCCAGAGUUACAGAAUAGAUCGGUGAUCUCCGUCGUUGUUGGGGAUUAUCACAAUGCCGCCCUGACUUCGACCGGAAAGCUAUUUACAUGGGGUCAGUUCUCCGCUGGUGCUUUGGGCCUAGGCGAUCCAGCAAAACUUCAGCCAGGCCAACCUGGCGGAUAUGGUCUGGACACUCGUAGAAGGGUGCCCCCUCCUGUUACUACUCCAACAGAAGUAAGGUUCGAUCAUGGCCUUAAGAAACCCAAGGACAGGUUCUGCUUCGCCGUCACAGCAGCAGGUUGGCACACAGGGGCCCUCGCCAUCGAUUUGGAGCCUGAUGGAGAAGAGGACGUGAACGCAACGGAGAACGACCCUGACCCUGAAGAAAGCCCGUCUCAUAGGGUCCGCGCACUCGAUCCCAACCGUGAUCGGGAAACGGAGGAAACCGUGCAGUACCCUCCGCUAGGUAUCUUCAGAGUCGGGCACGCUGGGCGAGGGAGGGGAAGAGGUCUUUUCGGAAGGGGCUUUGGGAGAGUUCUUCAAUACCCCGAGCCCCGUGGAGGUGGUCCUUCACAGACCUGA